AUGAGUAAAGUAUGCAGAUUCGCGUUAUUCAAGCAGGAAAAGUGCUCUGAUGAUCAACUACCGCCAACGUGCGACAGUUUGCGGCAACACAUACGCCGUGCAAACUAUCAAGCAGCUAUUUGGCUCCAAUCACUUGACGCAGAAAUGGCUAUUCCUCCAAUUGAUGAAAAUGGGUGGAGUUUAUAUGAUGGGGAGUUACAUAUCGUGUGGAUGACCACUCCUCCUGCGCCAGAUUCGCUGCUUGAGUGCAUCAACUGUGGUUGCAAGACUGGUUGCAAAACCCAACGUUGUUCAUGCAUGAAUGUUGCGUUACAAUGUACAGAUGUAUGCACUUGUGUGGGCUGCACCAAUGGAAAAGAUAGUGACGAACUGUCAGAGGUAGAGUAUGAUAUUGGGGACUGGCUAAACAGAGAGUUAUGAAGUCGAGAGUUAUCUCGGAGAGUUAAGAUUUCGGAGAGUUAUGUUCGAACCACGCCCACUUUUCCAAACGACCAUACCCAUUUUCUUAACUCUCUCGACGUUUCCUUGAACUAACAUGAGAGAGUUAUGUUUGACGUAACUCUCUCAUGAUUGUGGCAAUGAAGAGAGUUAUGUUAGUUUUUUGAAAAAAACUUUCACAUAUUAGUAAAUUUUUUUAAAUUUACUUUUUUCUUUAGUACUUACCAAGUUCAUGUAUAUGUAAAUGUUUAUAUACAUGCUCACUUGGAUUAUAUAGCAAGACCAGCAUUCAGAUACAGCUCUCGUAUUAGAUAGAACCAGAAAACCUUUCCAAUGUAAUGCCCUAUUGGCUGAUCUGGGAAAGUAUUUCCAAAACCUGGAUUGGUGAAAGAUUCAAUUUUCUUAAUUUUCUUGCAACUAUGCUUACCGUAUUUACUGCCAAAUACACGUCAAAUCAUGCUUCUUGGGGUACCUUUGAAAUCAACUGUUGUUUCUAGAUAUCUGUAUGUAACCUAUAUGUUAAAAGGGCCCGCAGUAAUUGGUUUUAACUGUUGUGGUGUCCCCGCCAUUUGUCACUUGUAUCAUUUUGUAUUUGUGUUGUAUGCAUGUCAUUCGUGUAAUUUUACCUGGCGAAGUUGAAUAAAUAAAUUAUCAAUUUUAUAACUCUCCGCGUUCAGGAUUACGGCAAUGAAUAGAAUUAAGUCAGUUUUUUGAGAAAACCUUAGUAAAGCUUGUUUCUUCAGGUUUUCAUCUUAUACUUUGGUAUUUCACUUUGUAGCGUGUCAAUAGCGUGUGUCCAAACAGGAAAUAUAACUUGAGUCGGUCAAAACAAUGAGAUGCUUGCAUCAGAAGGGUCAAAGGUACCCCCAGAAGCACGAUUUGACGUGUAUUUGGCAGUAAAUACGGUAAGCAUAGUUGCAAGAAAAUUAAGAAAAUUGAAUCUUUCAGCAAUCCAGGUUUUGGAAAUACUUUCUCAGAUCAGCCAAUAGGGCAUUACAUUGGAAAGGUUUUCUGGUUCUAUCUAAUACGAGGGCUGUAUCUGAAUGCUGGUCUUGCUAGAUAAUCCAAGUGAGCAUGUAUAUAAACAUUUACAUAUAGAUGAACUUGGUAAGUACUAAAGAAAAAAGUAAAUUUACAAAAAUUUACUAAUAUGUAAAGUUUUUUCCAAAAAACUGACAUAACUCUCUUCAUUGCCACAAUCAUGAGAAAGAGUUACGUCAAACAUAACUCUCUCAUGUUAGUUCAAGGAAACGUCGAGAGAGUUAAGAAAAUGGGUGUGGUCGUUGGGAAAAGUGGGCGUGGUUUGGGCGUGGUUCGAACAUAACUCGCCGAAAUCUUAACUCUCCGAGAUAACUCUCCAUUUCAUAACUCUCUGUUUAGCCAGUCCCCGAUAUCAUACUCUACCUCUGUAACGCAACUUUCAUGCAUGAACAACGUUGGGUUUUGCAACCAGUCUUGCAACCACAGUUGAUGCACUCAAGCAGCGAAUCUGGCGCAGGAGGAGUGGUCAUCCACACGAUAUGUAACUCCCCAUCACAUAAACUCCACCCAUUUUCAUCAAUUGGAAGAAUAGCCAUUUCUGCGUCAAGUGAUUGGAGCCAAAUAGCUGCUUGAUAGUUUUCACGCCGUAUGUGUUGCUGCAAACUGUCGCACGUUGGCGGUAGUUGAUCAUCAGAGCACUUUUCCUGCCUGAAUAAUGCGAAUCUGCAUACUUUACUCAUGUAAACAUGUAACCGUAGUGAGUAUUUUUUGUUAAAGUUUAUCAAACGGUAUUUGGAGCAGCUCCAAUUCCAGACAAAUGAUUGGAUAGAAAUAAGCCCCAGCGGGGAGGCUUAAUACAGAAAUUAUGGUCUUCACUGAAUACUGGAUUCAUUCAUAAUUAUAAUCUAGCAAAGUAUAUAAUCUAGCAAAGUAUAUAUAUACAUAUUCCUAUAAAUACUUUUGUUUCUUAUAUUUUCGCAUCUGCACAUUAAUUAAAGAGGUAGUAAAUUGUAAUGAAACAGCUAGCCCUUUUUCAACUAAAUUGCGCAAAAUUGAUGGGAAGGGCCUGAAACGAGUUUGUUUAAUAUAUGUUACAUGAAGUAUCCAUGGAAAUGUCGGAAAAAAUGGCGUCUUUCAAAUUUUUUAAAGACUCAUCGUUGUCGAAAUUCAGACGCAUGUAGCUAAAAAACUGGGACGUGUUGGAAGGUAAACAAACAGAAAUGCGCUUGGUGAGUAAAAAUCUACAUAUUUUUGAUAUUGAAAACUAGUUGCGUUUGGUGAAUUCAAUUGCUGAACGAUAAUCGACCAGGGAAUACGGACUAAUAACAGAUAUUUGGUCGAGAGGGCAGGGUGAGCCAGACGGUUUCAUCUUUCGAAUGACAUUUGUAAUCUCAUUAUAGGUCGGAGGGUCAAGAUUAAAUGGUGUUGUUGGGGAAUUAAACUUGGGAAUCCAGCUAGGAAUGUUGAAUGUUUUAUUUGGAAUAACUGUGGAAAGUGUCUUAGUAAAGUAAGCUGUACAUUGGGCAAGACCAAAUGUUGGAAACGAUUCUGUUUGUUUGUUUUGUAAUAAUAAUAAUAAUAAUAAUAAUAAUAAUAAUAAUAAUAAUAAUAAUAAUAAUAAAUACACAGACCUUAAAUAUGAGUUACUAAAGGUAUGGAAAGGAGAAGUGACCAAGGUAUUUAUACUGCCAGUCAUCAUAGGCGCCUUGGAAACGAUGACCAACAAUGUACAAAAUAACUUGGACAAGCUGAAAAUAGGCAGUAACGCAGGGGAUCUUCAAAAGAUCGGACUGCUUGGAACAGCAAGGAUCCUGAGGAAGGUCCUGGACUCGUAACCUGCCACAAAUAUACAAAACAAUCAAAUAUUUCAAAUAGUUAACAAGUCCGGACUUUCCCAUUCCGUAUUUCGACAGCAGAAAAUGUAAUAAGUACUUCGAAUGGCAAUAGUCAUCAUUUUCCUAACACAGUACGUUUGGUAGUUUUUGUCGAGACCAACAUUUCCUAAUAUUUCUAAGAAUGUAGAGCAUUCUUGCGCAAAAAUACCUAGAGAGCUCAUGGAAAGAUUAACAAAGUUUAAAAUUUUCAUCUAGCUGUCUUACUAGUUCUCUAUAUUUGGCUUUUUUUCCGUUUAACGUUGUUCUCGAGGUUUGCCUCAUAGCCAACAGUAAGCUCGACCACAUACAGAGAGCCAUUUGAUAAUGAUAGCAACAAAUCCGGGCGAUACGUAUCGCCAGUUAUUAUUGACGGACUUUUGAAUCCGGGCACAUCAGCGUAGAGGGAAGAACCGUUCACAGUUUGCAAGGUAUUGGCAAGAAAGUUCAGGAUUGAAUUGUGCCUCCACGUAAAUCGAUCGAGAUAACACUGACAUCCAGCGACCACGUGCAAUAAUGAUUCUGGGCCGAGAUAGUCCGUAUUCCCAAGGCCAAAAAGUCGCUUAGAAAACAAUUUUCGUUGGACACAUUCGGAGACUACGUCAAAAUCACAGAAUAUAUAGAUUCUUACGCACCUUUCAAAAUUCUGCUUGUUGGCACUUCUAUAAACCUGCAGUUUUUCAUAAAUUUGCGUUUGAAUUUCAACAAUUGGCGCUCCUCGAAAUUCGAAACCCGCCAUUUUGUUUCCUUGGAAACUUGAUGUAAGAUGCAUUGAAAAGGUGCUCACUAUUGGAAACUUUAUGUAAUAAUAUUAAGAGGCAAUUUUUUUCAAUGUCACGUAUUUGCAAUGAAAAGUGUUCAAAACCUAAAAUCUUACUUUGUUUUAGCUGUAUUCUCUAGUUUAUAGAGUUAGCAACCUUUUGAAAUGCAUGUGUCGGUUGAGAAACAUAAAAUAAUAGUUAAAAAUUGUCAAUUAAAAUACAAUUAUCAAUGAUGCUUUAAAAUUGACGCCAUAUUCACAGCCAUAUAACUGCAAAACUUACUGAACUUCAGACAUAAUUUUCUCCUCGGCGUAUCCGAUCUAAAAUCUCUUCAUUUUAGCAUUAUGUUACAGAUAAAGCACUAAACACACUUCUUAAGUUUGUUUGCCGAUUGAGAAACGUAUUGAAAAAUAAAGAUUUAGAGUUUUGUCAUAACCUCAAGUGGUAUAUUGUACGCAUUAAUUUUGAGCGCGUGUUACGUAACAUACAAAAAAAACUCCUCUUAACAAAGAUGUUUUCGUCAUGGCCGACUGAACAUGGUAGAAUUAGGAAAUACAUGUUUAAUUCAUUGCGAAGACAGUGUCGGGCCACUUACAAAUUUUACAGAGGUUUCAUUCGAAAGAUUUCUGGAAUGCCGGAAGCAAUGGAUACAACUUGACGGCCGUCAGAAAGACAUAGCAUUACGUACAACUCAAAUUAUAAGCAUCGAGGAAGAAGAUCGCUAUGAAAAUUUUAAAGAGUUGGCUUUCAUCGCAAAUGCUAUUCAUGCAGCAUUUACCAAUAAAACCCUAUUAAAUCGUGCUGAAGCAAGACGCAAAAAAGCUGAAAAAGAGAUCAAAUCCCAUCGGCAUCGGUUGACCAAGGCAGUAGUGAUCCUAUCCCGAAGAAAGUUUUCCGAUCAACUUUAGCGGCGUCCGAUCCACUAGUGCUACCAGAUCAAGGAACGAGCACGUGUUACCUGCUGUCUGUAUAGUUUGCCAGAAGAAUUACACCGAUUUGGUAAGUCCAUCCUUUUUUGCUUUUAUUUCGUCCGUGUAUUAUCAAUUCUGCUAAUUCAAUAUGUCAAUUUCUGCUAAUUUAUAACUUUCAACCUUCAUAUGGCCGGUGAUUUAAAUACCGUAAACCUCCGAUUAUAAGUCCCCCGAAUAUAAGCCCCCCACCGUAUAUAAGCCCCCCCUCCCACCAAUUAUAACAUAUAAGCCCAUCACAUUACUAACGUUCACAUCAUUCCAAAUAUAAGCCCUCCCCCCGAAUAUAAGCACCCUGUCUAUAAGCCCAUCAUCACAUUACUAAGGUUCACACCAUUCCCAAUAUAACCCCCCCCCCCGAAUACAAGCCCCCCUGAAUAUAAGCCUACUAUACAGGUAUAUAAUUAACACUAUACAAGUGUUUAACCACUAUACAGGUUUCAUGAGGUUAUGCAAUAACAAAGGUUAACAGCUAGGGAACCAAGCCUCGUUACGUCGGCACAUCAUGUGACCAAAAGGGGGCCGGGCGAGUAUGUGAUAAGAGGUUGGCCGCGCAUUGGUGGUAUUAGUAAUCAUUGUGCGUUGGAAGCGUAGUAAACGUAUUAGGAACAAAGAUUUUUUUCUCUCCUGUUCUUUUAUAUUUCCACCAAUUGUUAAUUGGUGUUAAUAAGUACUAAUUAAAAUAUGAGCAGUUGUAAACAGUGUAAAUGCCCAUAAAGAUCAGUUGUGAAUAUUCUAAUAUUUAGUGCCCAUGGGGACAAUCUCACGCUUCAUUAGCGUGCAAUUAAAACCUCAAUCAGUAUUGUUAUGACGGGAACGGGAAAUCAUUUUCUGUUGAUAUCCAUCAAGACUAUCGUGGAGGCGAUGGACGAAAACCUUUCUCAGUGUUUGCCUGGAUUUCACGCUUUUUCAGGUAGAGUAGAUAUACAAGGAACUGACUUUUUUAUUAGCCUGUUCAGUUACUUGUAGCAGUGGCGGAAAUUCACUUUAUCCCGUGGGGGGCAAAGCCUCCUAAAUUUCCGACAAAACUUUCAAAUUUCCGACGUACCCCCCAUUUGCACUCGAAAAGACUGUUUUUAGCCCUCUUUUAGGUCAAAAUUUCCGAAAAUUCGUCAAUUUUCCGUGAGGGGGGGGGGGGGCGGACGCCCACCCGCCCCACCAAGAUUUCCGCCACUGACUUGUAGGAUCGCGAAUAUACGGCUGUAGUUUCUUAUAUAUCAGUUUCUUACAAUAACAUUGUAUAAUAUAUUUUUUAGGUUGUGACAGCACCAGUUCCUUUUAUCGGAAAGGUAAGAAAACGACGUGGGACACGCUCGAGCGCAAUCGUGGAUACGUGGAUGCAUUCGUAUCACUUGGGAGUACUUUUUCUCCUUCGGAUGAUCUCGUUGUGCAGCUGAAUAAGGUUUGUUUGCUUGAUGUAUGGCUACAAAACAUCCGAGAAUGUCAACAAAUGUAG